UUCCGUGGUACUUCCUCUCUGGCUGACUGAGCUGACGGCACCCAGACCUGGGGCCAGGCCCCUGGCACUGGGACAGACCCAGGGAGAGGUCACACCACCCUGCCCCGACCCUGGGAUUGGCACCAGCUUCCAACCAGCAACUAGCAACGCCUAUCCUCGCAAUGGCUGUCAACACUACAUCUCCUGCAGCACCCCACUUGGCCAAUGUCAUGUUCAUCUCUUUCCUGGCCAUCAUUUUCCUGUCGGUGGCGCUGGCUGUGGGGCUUCCUGGCAAUCUCUUCGUGGUGUGGAGCAUCCUGGUAAAGAUGCGGAAGCGCUCGGUCACUGCCUUGCUGGUGCUGAACCUGGCCGUGGCUGACCUGGCUGUAUUGCUCACUGCCCCCUUUUUCCUCUCCUUCUUGGCCCAACGCACCUGGUUGUUUAAAUUGUUUGGCUGCCUCCUCUGCCACUAUAUCUGCGGAGUCAGCAUGUACGCCAGCGUGCUGCUGAUCACCGCCAUGAGUCUGGACCGCUCGCUGGCAGUGGCCCGCCCCUUCUUGUCCCAGAAGGUGCGCACCAAAGCCGUCGCCUAUCGGGUGCUGGUGGGCAUCUGGGUGGUCUCCGUGCUGCUGCCCACGCCCGUCAUCGCCUACCGCAACGUGGUCAACCUGAACAACAGGACUCUGCUCUGCUCAAUGAACUACCCCAGCGAAGGCCACAGGGCCUUCCAUCUGAUCUUUGAGACCCUCACGGGCUUCCUGCUGCCCUUUCUGGCGGUGGUGGCGAGCUACUCGGACAUCGGGCGCAGGCUGCAGGCCAGGCGCUUCCGCCGCAGCCGCCGCACCGGCCGCCUGGUGGUGCUCAUCAUCCUGGCCUUCGCCGCCUUCUGGCUGCCCUACCACGUGGUGAACCUGGCCGAGGCGGGCCGUGCGCUGGCCGGCCAGGCCUAUGGCUCUGGGCCCCAGGGGAAGCGGCUGGAGCUGGCCCGCAAAGUGCUCAUCGCGCUCGCCUUUCUGAGCAGCAGCGUGAACCCCGUGCUGUACGCAUGCGCCGGCGGCGGCCUGCUGCGCCAGGUGGGCGUGGGCUUCAUGGCCAAGAUGCUGGAGGGCACCGGGUCGGAGGUGUCCAGUACACGCCGCGGAGGCACCCUGGGACAGACCAUGAGGAGCGCUCCCGCCACUCCGGAGAAUGGCACCUCUGAAAGCCUCACUGCCUCUCGCGAGACUCUGGAGUGAAGCAAACUGGGGCAUGAUGGUGAAAAGAGGCUCGUUUUCCUCUCGGCGGAAUGCUCCCACACUGGCCAGACCCUAUUCUGUACCCCAAGGUGGAGAUUGGGUGUGGAGGGUGGGGCUGCGGGGUGGGGGCGGAAGAGAGGGAAAGGAGGAGCCACUGUCAGCCAGACUGAGAGCAUGCUCUGGCCUGGCUCCAGCUGGGUGCUUUGCCAUUAAAACUGAAGUCUGAAAUCCCAUCAACCCUGUGAGUGGGGCGUGUGUUAUGGGAACUGGGAUACUCAUGGGUGGCCCUUUUGGAGUCCUUCCCAAUAGUCCUUUAGUUCCCAGUGAUUUUCAAUUCUGGAAGGACACGGGGAUGUAAAGGCAUACCUAGAAAUCACUUCUCCUUCCAGGCAAUUCUGUGGCAUGUGUUCUGCUGAUCAUACAUUGAAAAACCUGGGUUUACAGACUCCUAAAAUAGCUGAUGAGAAAGACCACCCAUGUGGACUCAUCACUCCAGACUCCCUGACUCAGGGGGCCUUCUGAGAAAACCUAGCGCUGCUGUGAAAUGUACUCUGAUGCCUGUGAUAGGUAUCGCUAUUAGCAUGACUCCAACUUCCUGCCAAUAAUCUUUGCCCUCUCAGCAGAAGAUGUUCUAGGGAGUGCCCUGCCUUUCUUCCAUCUCCCAAGGAAGCCUGAUUUGCGAGCCACGUCAUCAGAUUUUAUCCCCUCAAAUUCUGCAGAUCAUCAGCCUUUCGCCAGCCCCCAACACAUGCCGUGGCACAGGGCGGGCCAAGGGCCCUCUGUGGCCAUGAUCACCUGUAGGCAAGAGAUUCCGAAAAGCCAGAGGGAUGAGUCAUUAUUUCCUAGGGAUGACUGUUGUCUUCAGGGGCCUUGGCCCAGCUCUGUUAGAUAUCUAGGUGUUAAAACAUCCCCUACAGACUCCAAAAUAUGAGCAGGUGAGAAUAAACCAUCAAUGCUCCAAGACCAACGUCUGUCAGCAUCUGUGG